AUGCGUCUUCUACAAUGCGACAAAAGUGGCAAGUUCAUCCUGACCAAGGAUCUGGUUAAAGAUAUUCCCCCAUUUGCUAUCCUUUCACACACUUGGGGAGCGGACACAGAAGAGGUCACCUACAGAGACAUUGUUGAGGGUAACGGCGAGACGAAGGCUGGUUAUGACAAGAUCCGAUUUUGUGGGGAACGCGCAAAACGCGACGGCCUGGAAUACUUCUGGGUGGAUACAUGUUGCAUAGAUAAGUCGAACAGUACAGAGCUUGCGGAGGCUAUCAACUCCAUGUUUCGAUGGUAUCACGAUGCGGCAAAAUGCUAUACCUAUCUCUCAGAUGUCUCGGGACCUGCGUCAGACACCGUCAAAAAGUCCGAACAACUUCCUUGGAAGUCGCAAUUUCGCAAGAGCAGAUGGUUUACUCGAGGUUGGACCCUUCAAGAACUUGUUGCUCCACGGACAAUCGAGUUCUUCUCUAAGGAGCACUGUCUUCUUGGCGAUAAGAGAUCGCUUGAGCAAAUAAUUCAUGAGACAACAGGCAUUGCCCUCGAAGCUCUUCGAAAAGAUCGGCCGUUGCACGACUUUAGUGUCGACGAGCGUAUGUCAUGGGUGCGAAAUCGCAAUACGACACGGCCAGAAGACGCAGCUUACUGUCUUUUAGGCAUCUUUGGUGUUUACAUGCCGCUCAUCUACGGUGAAGGUCAAGAGAGGGCGCUACGUCGCUUGUGGAAAGAGUUCAAAGAGUCGCCGCAGCCCCAAUCAGUCUUGUCCAAAGACGUUCGAUCGGAUCCUUCUGCAGGAAGCGAGGAUCAACGAUUCAAACCCUUCACGUCGUCUUUCAACGAUGCACCUGUUGAUCUGCUCUCCAUUCAUUUCAUGGACCGUCAGCCACAGCUGACUCAAGUACGAGAUGCUCAUCAAGUUUGUGAAGAGAAUCUACCCGCUCGUUGUGCUCUCUGGGGCAUUCCGGGCGUUGGUAAGACACAACUAGCAAUUCGAUAUUCGAAAAUGUUCUUGGAAGGCCCAACAGUGUCAGCAUCGUUCUGGAUAUCCUGCUCUACUUUAGAAAAGGUGCAUCUAGGCUUCUCGAGGAUCCUGGACCUUAUCGACCAUCCCGAUCAAUUCAAACAAGAGCAAAAUGCGCGAAUUAUUGCGGCUCGUCGUUGGCUCGAACAACCUGAGGUCAGUGGAAUAUACCGUUGGCUCCUCGUCCUCGACAACGUUGACAUGACAACAAUCGAUUUUCUUCGCGAAAACUUGCCACGACAAGGCAGACGAGGUCGACUCCUUAUCACUACGCGGACUGAAGCCGUUGCUCAGGCCGUUUGCAAAGCUUCUGGAAGGUUGCAUCCAUACUUCGAAAUCAAGCCGCCAACGGUGGAGGACUCAACCACCUUUUUUUUCAAAUCAGUAGGAGUUAGCGAAAACUCGAUGUCGAUUGAUGGCCGGCGCCAAGUCACUGACCUAAUGAAAUGUCUUGGAUGUCUACCUUUCGCUGUAGAGCACGUUGCAUCUUUCAUGAGUCAAUCACGCCAACCCAUCGAGGUUUUCACGAGAUUGUAUCAAGGCAAACAGAAAUCAGACUUUUUCAACUGGCAAAACUUGUUCUCAGCCUACGAAGUAAAGUCGAUCUCGGGCAUUUUUCAGUCCCAUCUCCAUAGUCUAAGGCGAUCGAGUCCUGAGGUCUAUGGUUUGCUGAAUAUACUCGUGUUCUGGGACCCCGAAAGGAUCGAGUUCGAAACAAUCAAAACGGGCGCUUACUUUCUGCUUUCUUCAUCGGAACCGACCCAAGAACCAUCGAAAUUGGAACAAAAUCGGCAUUGGACACAAUGUUUUAUUCCGAGCCUGAUCAAGGUCAAUUGUUUUGGGUUUGCUUCCCACAGUCAAAGCUCCGCGAGGGAUGCUCAAAACUUGGAUCCCAAAAAAGGUGCGUUACUAUCUUCCGAGCUGGAAUCAAUGAUCAACAUGAUGUCCUCUGAAGUACGGCUCCAAAGUGCAUUGCAACAGCUUCAGAUGUUCUCUCUUAUCAAGCGUAGGUCGGCUGAAGAAGGGGGAGCAUAUAGCAUACAUGAUCUCACCCAGACUUUGGUUCACGUGGCUCUUGAAUCGGAAGGCACAUAUCUACAAUGGUUCAAAUGCGCAGUCACAAUGGCUUGCGGAGCAUUUCGUGAGAUUGAGAAUCCUAAUAUGCCCGAAUACUGGCAUAAAUGUGACGACUUGAUCUCACAUACCCUCUCGCUGACAAAGUACGGCGAAUUGGUAGACCCCAACAACGCCGAAAUUCUAACAGCGCGUGGCAACGCAGCUGCGUACUGGUGCGAGCGUGGUAGAUACCACGAGGCUCGCGAGAUGUAUCGGCAAAUACUGCGUAUCGGCAGUACUGGUGAUACCGAAGCAAUUCAGUGGGAACUCGGUCUCGCGCAAGUCAAUUGGCACCUGAGCAAUCACAGUGAGUCUGCAUUGCUGUAUGAGCAAGUACUGCGGAUUCGACAAUCGCAACUUGGUGCUGAUCACCCCGAUGUUCUGCAAGUUGUCGAAAACUUGGCACUCGUGUACCGGUCACAAGCCCGGUAUGAAGAAGCUCGCUCAAUGCUAGAACAUGUCCUCGAGAGUCGCAGAAAGAGUCUUGGACGAGACGAUCUUGUCACUGUUCAGGCUAUUGAGAAUCUUGCAAUAAUUAUCAACGAAUCUGGGGAAGCCGAAAAUGACCACGCCCAAUAUCUUGAAGCGGAAAGUCUGCACAAACUAGCGUUGACUUAUCGAGAAGCUCAAUUAGGGGCGGACCACCUUGACAGUUUGUGGACGGCUGAUAAUCUCGCAACCAACUAUCGAGCUCAAGGUCGACACAUGGAAGCCCUAGAGAUCUACAAAAGAGUUCUCAAGGGACGCAUAUCCCAACUGGGAGAAGAUCACCCGCAGACGCUGUGGACAGUUGCCAACCUUGCAUCGGCAUAUACUGGUCUAGGUCGCUUGCAGGAAGCCGAGGCCAUGUACAGGCGGGCAAUCGUCGCCAACGGGAAACAGUUAGGCCAUGACCACACACAAACUCUCUGGGUAGUCGAGGGCCUAGCGGAUGUCUACCACCAGCAUUCACGGUUCGAAGAAGCAACAACUUUGUACAACCGAGCAUUACGUGGCAUGCAAGGUCGCGUAGGAGCUGAGCACCCAAGCGUUAUGCGGAUAAUGCAUAAGUUAGCGAACCUUUACCGAGACGGCAAUGAUGUUACAAAGUCGAUUAAUAUGUUUGAGAGAGUUCUAGAGCUUCGUAAAUCGGGGCAAAGAUCUGGCAGUGCAGAGAUCCUUCGAACAUAUCACGACGCGGCUGCCACAUAUGUCAGUAUGGGUAUGUACAAUGAGGCUGAGCAGUGCUAUAGACAAGAGUUAGCCCAAAGUGCUGAGGAGUUGAGCAGUCUGCACGUGGAAACCAAGAAACGGGAGCAGAAACUGGCUGACUUCUUGAAAGAUCGAGAAUUGCAGAGCAAAGCAGCCAAUGGUGAUGCGUAG